GGAAGGGCGAAGGGAUAAGGUGUGCAGUACUAGGAGUUGACACUUACCGAGAGGACUGCGGGGGUGAGAAAGAGAGCGUGGGGAAGGAUUGGAGAGAAUGUCUACUUCCACUUGGUUUCUUCAGAGUGCAUUGGCCUCUUCCCAACAGCUAUGGAUGGGGCCGAAGUUUGUUGGCUCUGCUUCUGCUUCUACCCAAAGGCCACGCCCUUCUCUUUCUCUUGUCGUUGAAGCCAAAGCCACCACCAGAAGGGAAGACCGAACUGCUCGCCAUUCUCGCAUUAGAAAAAAGGUUGAAGGGACACCAGAAAGGCCAAGGUUAUGUGUCUUCCGCUCCAACAAGCAUCUCUAUGUCCAGGUGAUUGAUGACACCAAGAUGCACACGCUUGCUUCGGCUUCAACCAUGCAGAAACCCAUAUCUGAGGAGUUUGAUUAUAGCUGUGGUGCCACUAUUGAGGUGGCAAAGAAGGUGGGUGAAGUCAUUGCAAAGUCCUGUUUGGAGAAAGGAAUCACAAAAGUGGCGUUUGACCGAGGUGGAUACCCUUAUCAUGGACGUGUUGAAGCCCUUGCCAAUGCAGCUCGAGAAAAUGGCCUUCAAUUCUGAGAUUUAGGUAGUCAACAUUUUCUUCAACACCAUGUCUUUCUAAUGUAGAAUCUUGGGAAGGAAGAAUGCAUCAGUUUGAGAAUGGAUUGUUUUUAGGAAGGCUUUUGCUUCUGUUUUCCGUCUUUCUUCAUGUGAAUUGAAAAGGAAGUUUCAAAUUGGAAUCUUUCCUCUGUAGCUGAUAGCCAUAAUGCAUACUGAUUUAGGAAGCAAACUUUCCGCCUCACAACUAAGUUGGCUGCCGAGAUUAGACGAGCAUAUAUUCAAUGAUGUAUUUCAAGACAAGUGUUUAAGUUUUA